GGGGUGGGACUCCGAGGUCGUAGGGCAGAAGCCCGCGGGCUCCGCCGCCCUGGCCGCACGGCCCUGCCUUGCACGCUCUCCAUGGCGGGAUCCGCGCUCGGGCGGCGGCUGCGGCCGCUGGCAGCGCUGGCCCUGGUCCUGGCGCUGGCCUCGGGGCUGCCCGCGGUCCGGGCCGGGCAGGCGCCGCGCCCCGCCGAGCGGGGGCCCCCGGUGCGGCUCUUCACGGAGCAGGAGCUGGCCCGCUACGCCGGACAGGAGGAAGAUCAGCCCAUCUACAUGGCAGUGAAGGGAGUGGUGUUUGAUGUUACUUCUGGAAAGGAGUUUUAUGGACGAGGAGCACCCUACAAUGCCUUGGCCGGGAAGGACUCCACCAGAGGGGUGGCCAGGAUGUCCCUGGAUCCGGCAGACCUUACCCAUGACACUAUGGGCCUCACGGCCGAGGAGCUGAAGUCCCUGGAUGAUGUCUUCACCAAAGUGUACAAAGCCAAGUAUCCCAUCGUCGGCUACACGGCCCGAAGAAUUCUCAGUGAGGACGGCAGCCCCAACCUGGACUUCAAGCCUGAAGACCAGCCCCACUUUGACAUAAAGGACGAGUUCUGAUAUCCCAUCUGAAAGGACAUGAUGAGGUGGGAGACUCACAGGUGUGAAAUCUGCAGACUAGGCUGCCCAGGCCUCUGGCCAUUCAGGUCCGAAUAAAGCAGACACUUAACCUGG